AUGGGCGACGCACGCGCCACCGACAUGGGGCAGCGCCGCGGCGAGGUCAACAUUGGGCAGCUGAUGAGGGAGGAGUAUGGGCGGGGCAAGGUCUUCAACAUCGGGUUCACCACCCACACCGGCACCGUGGCGGCGGCGGACGACUGGGACACGCCUGUCCAGCUCAAGGACGUGCGCAAGAGCAUGCCGGGCAGCUGGGAGCACCUGUUCCACAAGGCAGCCAUGCCCGAGUUUGCCCUAGACCUGCGCAGCGGCAGCCAGGACCUGCGCGCCGCGCUGGAAGGCCCACUGCUGGAGCGCGCCAUUGGCGUCAUCUACCGCCCCAGGACCGAGCGCCAGUCGCACUACUUCUACGCCUCCCUGUCGAACCAGUUUGAUGCUGUCAUCCACCUGGACGAAACUUCGGCACUGACCCCGCUGGAGAAGGCGGAGACUUACCCAUUCGCGGUGUAG